GAUUAAUCUUAAAAUAAUAUUUAAAAACAGGUUUUGCCAGUCUAGAGAGUGAAAGUUGACCAUAAAAGGAAAUACAAGAGGCUUAGUGUCUCUAAGGAAAUAGACAAGGUGUUUCGCACAGGCUGCAGAUCUGUUUGGUAAAUGGUUCAGACUCUAGAUUGACGCACACGAGACUGAAGACAAUACAUGAAGUCGAGAGAAAACCUAAAGUGAAGAAGCGAUCGAAGGUUUGGCUCAGUAAUUGAAGAAUGAGAUGAAAGACUAUGGAGAGACAAAUAUCUGAGAAUAAUGAUCUGCAAGACGAUGUUAAACUGGAGUCAAUGUUGAUGAAUCUGACUACAAAUGAAAGUGCAAAAACACAUUUACAUGUGCACCCAGACACGACCAGUCCAAAUGUUCUGGAGUUGGAAGAAGAAACAACUUGUGAAGAACAAAAUGAAUUGGAUAGCACAGUAAGGUCCGAUGUUGAUGAGGAAUCAACUAAAAAGUCAGAAGCAAAGGAAGUAAAUAAAGCUGAUGAAGGUUUCAAGGGUUUUCCAGAUGUGGUUCCUAAAUGGGAAAGAAGAAGAUUACCUCCUAGCCCUUUGUACAUUCAAACACAGAAGAAAGAUGAUAAAGCGCUUAGAACAGAGGAAACCACGGAGGAUGGAGGUGCUUUAUUGCACAAAAGUCAGAAGGAGGGUCUUUCUCAACUGUCAUCUGCAUCCACAUUUUACCUUCCAAAUUCUUUGGAUAGAGAUGAUGUCUCACAAACAGAGUUGAAAGAUGAAGCUUGUGGCAAUAGUUCAGUCCAUAAAUUAACUCGUCAAAGACAUGUACAUGUUACAAGCAGGUCAGGAAGGUCUGCUUCUGAUCCAGAAGGUCCGCGUCUCAUCCAAAAUCCCAAAGAACGUAGACCUAUCUCAGCUCCAAGUGUUUCAAACUUGAAUGAAUAUGAAGAGAAUCCAAUUGAAGGGUCAAUAAAAGACUCCGGUAACUUGAUCAAAGGAAGUUCCCCAACAGGACGAAAGGAUUCAUGCAAUGAAGAGAGCUUUGGAGAAGGGGAACAUGAUAUGUCCAAAAUUCAAAAUAAAGGAAUAAAAAUAAAUUCAAGGCUAUAACUCAGAAAGUGGUGGGAAUGCUCAAGGAAAAACCCAAUCGUGUGCGUAUAGGCAGCAAGAGCAGUCAAGACAAUGUGGAAGAAGAGGCACAGUCUUGGAAUUCUGUGGAAAUGGAGGAUGGAGAACCAUUGAGUCCACCACCACUGCCACCCAAAAUGGGAAGAUAUAUUCACUUAAAAAGAACGUUCACCUUAAAAGACUUUGAACUCAACCUUGAACCAAUCAACUUAAUGGAGGAAGUAUUUACUGGCGAGGAAUGGUUGCCUUAUUUGCCCAGCAAAACCAGUUCACCUCAGAAAGACGCUGGUAAACAAGCAAUGCCAGAUGAUGUUGUCCAUCCAGACAAAGAUACUGAGCUUCAUGUUCCUCAGAUGACAUCAGAGCAGAACCAAACAGAGGACGGAAAUGAAAAUCUUUCAGAUGUGAAACAAGACAUUAUUAAUGAAAAUGAUGAGACUAUAAGUGAGCUGGAUAAUGAAAGAAAAGACAACAGAAACUUGCUUGAAAGAGAAGUUGUGCCGAAUGCACGCAUUUUUGCUAUUCCUAAAGCUCUGCUAUCAAAUGCUGCGCAGAAACAAAGGCCACGAAGGAUAUCCAAUGAGAUAAAUACCUCUGAAAAUGUUUAUGAAUGUAUGGACACGUUCUUGAUCCCCAAAAAUGAUUUCCUAUUAAUGGAAAGGAGGUCAUUGGACGUUUAUCUGGACUUUUCAACAGUCAAGUCACUGGACUUAUUGGACAACUCUGCUCUUAAAAGUCGAAUUAAUUUAAGCAAAAAGAGACACCAUGGACCACCUAAAAAAUACAGAAAAGAAACGGCAAAAAUGAUGUACAGCAAGUUCUACGAGAUUCCCUCUUAGGUCCUGUAUGAUUAUACUGUCCUGAAAACCUCAUCUUUCGACAGCACGGCUAUUGUCAUGUGUUGUCCCCUGCAUUCAACUCAUUUCUUGCAUAUCUCUAGUGUCCUUCUGAAAACUUGUAUGUCCAUAUUUUGUGAUUUUUUGCCAUAAAUCAUUAUUUGACACCCUUUUUGUGUCACUGGGUUAUGUACUUAAAUAUCUAACCAAUAAAAACACUUAAAAGUGCUUGUCAACUUUAACAACACAGUAUGUAAAUUUAAAAAGUACAGUGUUUUUUCCAUUUCCUUUAAAACAGAACAUUCGGACAUCCGAUGUUUCAGAAGCAUGCAUUUUAAUGGCAUAUAGCUGCACAUGUUGUGGCGAAAUCGAUCUCACGAAGACCAGGAAGCCAAGUUUCAAGGGUUUCAAUCUUUAAUUUGU